GUUAAUCGUUAUCUUUUGCUCGGACCGUUUUGUGAGAACUCAUUUGGUGCCCCUCACCACAGACGGCUGUUCCACUGACUGUGUAGUGCCGACUCCCCACUGUAGAAUAGUUAACGUCCAAUCUUCAAGGUGGGUGGCUCUAUCUUACUCCUUCCAAGGAUUACAUCUUUGUAAGGUGCUGGAACGAGACACAGGCGGGAGCCGAAGCACCUAGAACCGAUACUAUCGUCUGAUCUGAGGGCGCGGGAACAACGGACACCGACAUUGUCGUCUCAAACAUCGUCUGAGGAAAAAACACGGUGGAGUUGAGCUUGAACCAACCACCGAGCAGUUGUCUUUUAAAACUCAGGGAAACGGUGACGAUUAGAGUCGGUCUUGUGCAAGCGAGGUGAAACUACCGAGGACGGUAUUCAUUUCUGUACUGUGGAAGGGAGAGAAAGGUAGACAUGGAGAUGUGGAUUUCAGUCUGUGUUCUGGUCCUAACACUAAUUCAAACCGCGGUUGCGGAGGUGCGAGUGUGCCGGUCGGACGCCGACUGCCAGCGGGAUGAGUACUGCACCGGGGUCACCACCCGCUCGGACGGCUACUGUGUGCCCAUGGUAGGAGCGCGCCCUUGCGUCCGGGACCGGGACUGCCCCGUGGACGAGUUCUGCAGCUUCCAGGGUCAACUUCAACAGGGGUUUUGCACGCAAAGACUUAGCGCCAUCCCGCCCCAGUACGACCCGGUAGUGAUGGGGUACCCGUUCGGCAGUCUGCAGCGGUGUUUCGGGGACGAUAACCGGGGAGACCGGUCCGGCUGUCCGCCCUGGGAGUACUGCUCAGACCAGACCGGCAGGACGGAGGGGUACUGUCUGGGCCAGGAUUGCUACAGUAACACUGACUGUGAGGGUGUCACGUGUAACGGCGGUGCUGUGAACCCCCGGCUCCGUGGGUACUGCAGUCUGCCCCUGGUUCCGCGGACACAGCUCAACCUGGAGCCGGACCUACAAGGGGAGCCCAUCCGGGAGGAGCCCGGGACAACACGGGGGGACUCCCCGCCCAAGGACGACGGAACAGCCGCUGAGGGACAGUCUGAGGAGCUGGCGGAUGAAGAGGCAGGGGCCGGCCUGGACGUGUCACCGAAGUUCAAGCUACAAUUUCUCACAGAAAAACCCGACGUUUCACAGGAUUCGUAGUUUCCUCAGGUGCCUGCGACCGAGGCUAUCUUCUAUAAAGUAGCACCUGUUCAAGACACUGAUAUAUGUUUGACACGCCUAAAGACUCAUAUCAACAAGCCG